CGUCCUGGCGCCUCUCCUCCCCCCAAAAGAACCCAGGCGUCCUGGCGCCUCUCCUCCCCCCAAAAGAACCCAGGCGUCCUGGCGCCUCUCCUCCCCCCAAAAGAACCCAGGCAUCCUCCUGGCUCUCACUGUCCUUUAUUGUUCGCUAACCGCGCCCCCCCUUCAUCUUUGAGUCUUGCCCUGCUCCUACGACCCUUAUUUUGACCAGCACCGAGCUCAACAGCAACGGCUCGCCCUCAGAGAGUUGAUUGGCUCGAUUCGGCGACGUGAGGCGGGACCUACAUAGCCUGGCCGCUUCCUGAUUUCUCCUCCCGAAUCUCUUUUCUUUCCCGUUGGACCGCUGCUGCUGUCAGUCAACUAGCCACCCGGAACUGUGUGCUGCUUGUCUGUCGGAAAUGAGUAAGCAACAGGGAGGCCACCUGUCUUGUUGAAGCCCAUGGAGUUGUGAUGGGCUGAGAAGAAGUUAAGAAAGCCCAACUCAGCCGUGUGGCAAGUCCUCCUUCCGAGAUGGCAGCAACAUGUGCUGGAAUUUUGGCACUGGAGCCGUUUCGCGUAACGCAGUCUCCACCGCUUGCCUAUUAUGUUCCAGAUUUCAUCACAGAAGCAGAGGAGGUAUAUCUUUUGCAACAGGUUUAUGAUGCCCCCAAGCCCAAGUGGACUCAGCUGUCGGGGAGGAGGCUGCAGAACUGGGGAGGGCUGCCUCAUCCGAAAGGGAUGAUUCUCGAGAAGCUGCCCCCCUGGCUUCAGGCCUACGCUGACAAAGUGUCCUCUCUUGAGGUUUUUGGAGGGAAACUGGCGAAUCACAUCCUGGUGAACGAGUAUCGCGCUGGCGAGGGCAUCAUGCCUCACGAGGAUGGACCCCUCUAUUUUCCCACUGUCACAACCAUCAACUUGGGGUCUCACGCCCUCCUCGACUUCUACCAUCCCGUCAGCAGAGGGCAGCAAACGGAAGGCAAAGAGGGGCCGGCCCCCCAGACGGAGGAGCAGCGCCACUUCCUGUCCCUGCUCCUCAAGCCCCGUAGCCUCUUGGUCUUGCGGGAAGACAUGUACACCCAUUACCUUCACGGCAUCCUCCCUAUCGCCAAGGACACUGUCACAGAAAAAGUGGCCAACGCAAGCAUGUGUGACACUGAACUCGGGAACACCUUGCACCGGGGGACACGGGUGUCGCUCACCAUCCGCUAUGUCCCUAAAGUGCUGAAAACCUCAGUUUUCCUGGGCAGAAGGAAGUGACUGUUUCGCUUUGUGAGGGCCCACACCAUCCAAUGCUCUUCUGUACCAAAUGCAUUUUCCCUGCAUGGAGAAAGCUAGCUUCUCAGGGAGACGGGUUUUCACCUCUCUCUCUCUCUCUCUCUCUCUCUCUCUCUCUCUCUCUCUCUCUGGCAUGCAGGGAAUGUUUCUAUGUACAGAGUGUUUGUGGUGGCUUCUAAUUUUUGGUAUUCCUUCCUGUUAGUCUUCACCUGUGUUCUGAAGUGCUAGAGUCCAGGUUUUACUGCCACUUCCCACUGUUUGUGAGAAUGAAAGCUAAGAGCAAGAACUGCAAAAUGCCUGUUUUGUGGGGAGAGCAGCCGCUGUUGACGGCAAAUUUGCCUGAGCUUUUAAGUAGGGGAGGGGAAAGGAGUGGGACAGGCGAGAACAGUCAGCCCUGGAGGCAAAGUAGAGGAAGAGGCAGCAUAACACUGUCUAUAUAUAACCCACAGCUUGCAGUGUGGCCUGGCGGAUGGGCUACAUGCUUAUAUUUCCAGCAAAGCUUAGAAAGUCAGGGUGCUUGCCUUCUCUUCCCAACAAAGAGUGGAAUUCUGCACUUAAAUGGAGAUCUACGGGUGUCUUUGCUAACAGUGAGAGGAGAUGGGAAAGCCAGGAUUUGACUUGUAUUCCCAUACAGCAGCGGCAGGAAACCUCAGACCUGCGGGCCUAAUUUGGCCUGUUACACCUCCCUCUUUGGCCUGCUACACCUCCCUCUUUGGCCCACCAGGCUUUGGCCAAGCCACACCCAUCUGCUCUGCAGGUAAAGAUGCUGCUGAGCCGAAAGAGGGUUUGCAGGCCUUAGUGAUCAGCUGACAGUCAGAGCCUGCAAAGUGCUGUGUGGUGCCUUUGUCUGACGUCAGGUGAUUGACAGGUGGAUGGCCCUAUGGGUGGGGCGGGGGAGAUAAGGAUCUGGCCUGCACACCAAAUCCAGUUCCCCACCCUUACCGUACAGGGUAAGAGCCUGAUAGCAAUCUGGACUCCUUGAUUUGGGCUGCAUUCACACCAUGCAUGUAAAGCGCUAUUAUCCUACUUUAGUCAUGGCUUCGCCCAAAGGAUCCUGGGGAAGUAUAGUUUGUGAAGGGUGCUGAGAGUUGUUAGGAGAUCGUUAACAUUCCCUGCACAGAGCUAUAAUUCCUAGAAUGGUUUGACAAUCGGUCUCUCUUCCUAGGGAACUCUGGGAACUGUAGUUCUGUGAGGGGGUCUCCUAACAACUCUCAGCACCCCUAAGAAACUACAAUUCCCAGGAUUCUUUGGAGGAAGCCAUGACUGUUUGAAGUAGAAUAACAGCGCUUUAAGUGUAAGUUGUAAAUGUAGCCUAGUUUUCUCACCCCAGCUUCUGCUUUUAACCUCUUAUCCUAUCCAUAACAGUUCUGGCUCAUAAGGCCUGAUUUUAAAUAAUGCACAUUUCCACUUGUGGCAUAUCUCAUGAAGAAGUGCUGGUUUUGAAGCUGGAAUAUUCAAAUAAAUGGCCUAUUGGGCAUGUGCUGGCAUUAUAGAGGUCCUGUGUGUGGUUCUUACAAAACCCUUGGAGAUACUCAUGGUUUGGCCCAAACAGUAAAUCCAGAUCAGAAGGCCCCAAGUUUGUUGGGAUAGAAUUCCAGUGGGACAUGCCAAAGCAUCAUUCACAAGGCAGACUUUCACGAAUCACAGUAAAUGGAAGCAAACUUGGAGUGAGGUCAUACAUUAAAACUAGUUGUGCAGUCAGUCUGGGUGAGGACUAAUUUACAUGACUUUUUAGUGAAGAAUGUGGCUGCUUGGUCAGUUGUAUGGUUGGGCCAAACAAGCCACUUCUAGAAGGACAAGAACUGCAGGAAAAGCAGAGCAUUUUAGGCAAUUCAGAGCAAGGUUUGUGUAAAUAAAUGGGAUGGACUCUUAAGAGACCCUGUUUACUUUGGAAUCACAUUUCUAAACUGCUGAAUAUUUAAAAAUCUCUAUAUUAAGCUAUAUUAAAAAAACAUUAAAACAGAUACAUUUAAAAAGUAAAAUACUAUCAUAAAAUCAGGAAUUAAAUAGUAACAGGAUCCAAUCUUAUAGGUCAGGUAUAUUAUUAUUAUUAUUAUUUAUUACAUUUGUAUACUGCCCCAUAGCCGAAGCUCUCUGGGCGGUUUACAACAAUUAAAAACAUUAAAAACAAAUACACAAAUAUACAAAUUUAAAAACACUUUAAAAAAACCAUUUAAAAACACAUGCUAAAAUGCCUGGGAGAAGAGGAAAGUCUUGACCUGGCGCCGAAAAGAUAACAGUGUUGGCGCCAGGUGCACCUCAUCACAAAAAUCAUUCCAUAAUUUGUGGGCCACCACUGAGAAAGCCCUCUCCCAGGUAAAGCCGGGGAGGGGGAAAUAUGUCUUUACAAGACAUCUGAAGCGCUGGUGGAUGGAAGGGCAUUCCAUACUGCAGGGGAAAUGAUGCAAAAUGCCCGUUUUGGGGGUCAUCUUCACUCUGUGAUAUUCUGCGCUAUGAUGUUUGGCAUCACUCUGUGGUGGAAAUAGGCUAUUCUGUUGUGGUUAAUAACUUUGCUAUGUUGACUAUUCCACUUGAUCAACUUUAUGACAUGCUUUUUAUGCCAUUAUCCUUGCAGUGAGCCACCUGGUAAAACAAUAAACCAGUGUGCAUGUAAGACUUUCUUGGCAAUGAUCAUAGCUUCUGCAGCUGGGCUGUGGGUUAAAGUAAGCCCCAGGAGGCUUUUAAAAUGCACGCAAAUGAAAAGGUACAUUUUUAUUAGCAUGGGAUUUGUUGAGGGUGCUGGUGAUGGGGAAUUCAUUUGCAGUCAGUCUGAGAUACAGUGGGCACCGUGGGUGUUAUGUUUCCACUGGUAAUUCAAGACAUUUUUGUCCACGCAAGCCAAUUAAUUCACUGGUCAUUAAUUUUAGCUUAAUUGCCCUCUGCCCCUUGUUUUAUUGGGUGUUUGUGAACUUUCAGGCCGA